AUGAAGGGUCUCAGAACAGCCGCUCUUGCGGUAGCAGCCACCACGACGAUCCUCGCGCAGGAAUGCGCUGAUGUCCUCGCCCCCAGCUACAAUUCUCCCCAAGUCGCCCCGGGUUGGCAGGCACAGCUUGUCGCGACAGGCUACAAGAAGCCACGGACAAUCCACGUCGACAGCGAGGGCGCGCUGUUGAUUCUGGACGCCGCCGUUGGCGUCUACCGCGUGACGUUCAAAGACAAUGGCGGAACGUGUCUCAAGGUCAUGGAGAGCAAGCUCUUGGUCAACAAUACUAGACUCACCCAUGGUAUGGCCUUCUCGGAAGAUGGCAAGACUCUCUACGCCUCCUCAGUUGACCAAGUCCUCGCCUGGGGCUACGACGCAAAGGCGGGCGCUGUCAACGCCGAGCCCGCCGUAGUAAUCGACAAUAUGGCCAACAACGACCAGACCACACGCACGCUGGUCAUGUCCAAGGCGAGUCGUGACUGGCUUGUCGUCUCCCGGGGCGUAGACGAGAACUUCGACAUUGACGCCCUCGAUGUGUCCACCGGUCACGCCCAGGUCAAGGCGUUUGACCUUGGCAAGUCUGGCAACAACCCUUUCGACUUUAACACGGACGGCAAGCUUCUCGGUUGGGGUAUCCGUAACGCCGUCGCCGUCGCCGAGGACCCUUCCACCGGCAACGUAUGGGCCAUGGACAACUCCAUUGACGACAUCACGCGCAACGGCGUUGACAUCCACGACAACAACCCCGGUGAGGAACUGAACCUUCUCGGCGCGGUUGCCAACGAGACUGAGGCCGGCAACUACGGCUACCCGCGAUGCUUCGCCGUCUGGGACACUGGCAUCCCACUCAACGCCUCGCUCAAUGUCGGCGACCAAUUCUCCAUGGAGCAAAACAGCACCAUGAACGACACUCGCUGCCACAACGACUACAUUGCCCCGCGGUUGACCUUCCAGCCGCAUACCUCUCCAGUCUUUCUACAGUUCAGCAACGACGGCUCGCACGCUUUCAUGUCGUUCCGCGGUAGUUUCAACCGCCCCGACCCCGUCGGCUACGCCCUCACAGCCGUCGAGUUCUCAAACGGCGAGCCCGUCGCCAGCAGCGACUCGACCAAUGCACUCAAGAAUAUCAUGUACAACAAGGACUUGAGCGCGUGCCCUGGCCAGUGCUUCCGUCCCGUCGGUUUGGCGUGGGACUCUCAGAACCGCUUAUUCAUGACUUCCGACUCGACAGGAGAGAUCUAUGUUCUGCGUCAGAACGACACCACGCCCACAUCGACAACCCCUGGCACCAUCGUCACCCCCACUGCCAAGCCUGAUGCGGCCAGCGGUUUUGCCCCUUCGUUUGGACUUGGGCUCGCUGCAAUGAUCGCUGCCUGCUUUGUGUCUUUCUAA